AUGGGACUGGCCCAAGCAGGCGCUGGACAGUCCCUGCCCAGCACGUACCGGCCUGAAGAGAAGAGCACCCCUACCUUCCACCUCCAUCCCCCACCUCGAAAUGCCAGUGCCUCCCCUCAGCCUGCUCCAACUGGCCAGAUUAAAGGGCAGCACUGGGGACAUACACACCCUGCCAAGGCCCUGGGGAGCGGGGCCUUGAGGCCUCAUUUUCUCUCUCCCCUUGACCUGUUACUGGUCCAUCUUCUGUGGACAGAUAAGAAAAACCUGAGAACUUUGUCACCAUUCAAUGGGCCCCACGCUGGGCACGUGUCUCGAGAUGGGUAA